CAGAUAUACUUAGCACUGCUCGACUAUCCCUACUAAGAUACACAACCCUCUUAUGUUAUGCAUGACAUCUCUGCUUCAUUACGCAUUUCGCACAAUUAAGUCUUCUUUUUCAACCAGUCAUGGCGAGAGAGAUUCCCGGUUUCUAUUAUGACCCAGAGAAGAAGAAGUACUUCAAGAUCCAGGCCAGCCAUACGGCGGCUCCAGGAGCUCAGUACACGAAAGACUCGGUCAAGCGCAAACGCGCUGACCACGAGGAACGUCGACGAAAGGUUCAACAGAUCAAGAGGGAGGCGAAAGAGAAGAUCAAGAGGGCGAACUUGCUAUCUCACCCCCUCCUUGAUGUACAAACCGAGAUCGGAGGCUUGCGGUUGCCCACCACUAUUCGUCAAGAACGAGGCGCACGUGCCUACACCAGCCAGCUUCGAAGGAACCAGCUCCAUCAGUUUGAAGCCUGGCCCGACGAAUAUAGCAUCAAGCAUGUGUUGCGCAACAAGCGCUCAGGAAUCUUGAUUGCAAGUGGUCAUCGCGGCGGUGAAUCGUCAGUGUCGGUGUGCUUCCCGGAUUGCGACCAGAACAAAUGGACUUACAAUCGGACAAUGGAACGUGUUCUGUUCAAGGAACCGUAUAGGCUUUCUUCAAUCUCCUUGAGUCACACAGGAUACCUGCUUUCAACGAUGGACAGCGGUCCCGGAGGCGACUCUUUUCUGGCACCUCGAAUGUUGCCAGACCCGGAUGAAGAAGGGGACUAUCGAUGGCCCCCUUCCUUCCUCCAACCAAUUCGCAUCCGCACUGCAGCAUCUUUGUGGUGUUCUUCCGCUUGUCCGGUCGGGAACACUCCGCUGUUUGCCGUCGGAGCAUCGGACGGCCUGUAUACGCUGGAAGGCUACGGCGCUUACUGGGCCUUGUCGAAAAAGCCAUUCUCCGAUGAUGCCAACGCGGGCAAACCAAUUCUUCAACGACGCAUCGGCACUUCUCAUGCCCUUGUAACCAGCGUCGAGUGGUUGUCCUCCGACGUGAUCGCGGCCGGCCUCAAGGACUCCUCCGUAUUCCUUCAUGAUCUCAGGAGCGGAGGGACCGCGACACGACUCCAACAUCCACAUGCCGUUACAAAGAUACGCAGAGUAGAUCCAUACCGGAUGGUCGUGGCCGGAAUCAACUCUCUCCAGAUGUACGACAUUCGCUUUCCGCCCAACGGCCUACAACCCAAGCCGCAACCGAACAGCAAGAAACACACAUCCACUAGACCCUAUCUCACCUUCCAAGACUUCAAGCCUCAAGUCAUACCAGAUUUCGACAUUAGUCUGGAACUUGGGCUUCUAGCCAGCGCUACUGACACGGGCAAAAUCCAACUCUUCUCUCUGCGCAACGGGGAGCAAAUCUCUUCUCCUCUGUCGAAUUACCAGUACAAAGACCCUAUUGCCUCAGUCUGCUUCGAACCCGGAGAUGCUCCAUUGCACGGGCCUCAGACACCGAGCCUACUUGUCUGUGCUCAAGCCACAGUCGAUGAAUGGAUAUGGUGAAAGGAACGAACCGAUGAGCUUGAUAUGAAGUCUAUGCACCAAACGCCUGUAUGAUGCCCGGGAUACGCGUGUGGAAGGGUUACAUGAGUCAAAGCAAGCAAAGAACAAGCCAUCCAGAAGCAAAGAAAAAAAGUCUAGUCCAAACCACCUGCCAACCAUUCUCCCACCUCAACGCCCACCGUCUUCGCCAAUUCUCCGAUCCAAUCCCCG